AUGGUGUCACCUAGCCAGUCAAUUAACGCGUGGAUUGAAAACAACCUCUUUCAAGAUUUUGCCACCAUGCCGACGAGUCAGGUUAACAGUAACUCGUCAACAAAACAAGCCAACGGAGGCAAAAUUGAGGCGAAGGAGAAGUUUAUGAAAAGACGAAUAACAAGAUCAAUGACUCAAAAAGCACUUGAUGUUGAAAGGUCGAUAUCUAAUCAUGGAUCGACCGUCCAAGAAAUUACCGAAGAAUUAUUUUCUGACGAUAAAAAUCAGGGAAUGCACGACAAGAAAGGGAAUAAUAAUAGUGAAUUAGAAGGUAAUGACGAAUCAUUUGAUGAUUUAGAAGAACAAACGGCGGCAGCACAAGUAUUGCAGUUGCUAGGACGGGGAGAUGUUCCUGGAUCUAACUCCGAUUCAAACAUAUUGAAUUUAGAGAAAUCUGAAUUUGUCAAAGUUUCUGAAGUUGAUAAUAAAAUACCUACUUUUGAGGAGAUUAAAUGGUGUCCAAAAGAGGAUGAAUUGUCAAAAAAUAGUAUUCUUAAUUUUGGUCUUGGAAAAUGUAAAGAGAUUACAUCGACUAUUUCCGGGCGUAUUGACGAUCAAUGCAAAGAACGAUGGGAUAGUAUUAGUAUUCAACAUAAAUCAGCUCAUCCCAGUCCUUUACAAGAAAUAGAAGAAGCAGUUAUAGAUCAUUCAUAUUUUGAGACAGAAUGGGGAACAUUUUCUCAAAAGUUAUCGGAUAAUCAUCUUGAUCCAGAUUCAACAUCAACUGCACAGACGCACGUUGAUAUUUCGAUAGACUGGAGUAGCGUUAUGGAUCCAUCUUUGCUUCCUGUUACUCUCUCCAAUCAUGGAGAACCCGGUACAAAGAUAGUACUCUCACCUUCUCAGUCAUCAAAACGUAGGCAUUCUAGUGAUACCGAAGAAAAUGUUGAGGAAUUCAUCACAAAGGAUGAUCGACAAAUCGGUGAUUCUUUAGAAGCUGGAUUAUCUGCUGAUCUGCUUAUUACUGCAAUGACCGAGAACCCUCAAUUUUUUUAUCAAUCGGCAACUAAUGAUUAUUCAGAAGUUUCUUACGCUGCUGGCCCUGAAUCUUUUCUUAUUUCUGGCGACAAGGAAGACAUAUCAUCUGAUUCCGCAAAUACGGAUAAAGAUUUAAACGAUCUAUCAAUGGGCUCGCAUUCCGUAAAACGACGAAAAACAUCUAUCUCAGAUCUGACAUCUCGCCGACAUUCUCAAAGCACAAAUGGUGACGGUCUGAUAUCUCAGCUUGGGUAUGAGUGCACACAGUGCAAUAAAACGUUUGCGCGACUUUACAAUCUCAAAUCACAUCAACGGACGCACUCAACUGAUCGACCGUUUAAGUGUCCUUCAUGUGAAACAGCGUUCGCACGGAAUCAUGAUCUGAAGAGGCAUCAAAAGAUUCAUGAAAACGCCAAACCCUAUAAAUGUCUUGGUUGCAAAAAAUUAUUUUCGAGGUUCGUCAGAUUGAUGCAAAAUAAUUUGAAUAAAGGUCAGGGUUUUUUAACAAUGAAUUUGUUUGAUAAUAGGUUGGAUGCACUCAGACGGCAUAAACAAAAUCCAAAAAGUCGUGAGUCAUGCCGAGAGUCCGAAAUAGCGGCGAGCCAUGUCGAAAGUCCGAAGUAG